AUGAAAAAUAUAGCCUUAUUAUUGUUACUUACAAGAACAUGUAUGUCGUUCGAUAUACCAAAGACUUCGUGUAAUUCAGACCUAACUAUCGAUAAGAAUCAUUAUAACAAGACUAAAAUUUAUGACGUUGGUUUUGCGUAUCCAACUGACGCUCAUUAUGAUACCUAUGGAAAUCUUUUCUUCGUUUUGUUCGGUCGUAACUUUUUCGGAUAUCAUUUCGACGUAAAAGUAAUUAAAAAUAAUGCAACGGAACCUGAAGAUGUACCCGGUUUGCCGGAGGGUAAAAGUUACUCAAUUGCCGUGGAUAAAAAGGCUGCAAAAGUUUACUUUGGAACAAAUAAAGGCAUUUUCCUUUACAAUUACGAAUCCAAAAAUGCCACAUUAGUCUCUAAGCCAGAUUUGAAAUUAAAUAAUUUAUAUCUGGACAAAGAUGGAAAUAAAUACAUCACAGACAGUUCUGAUGGUAAUGAAGAGCUGUAUCUUUUGACUGGCGAUAAGAGAAUUCGUUUUAGAAGUUUAGAUGCUCUUAGCGAAAUGGCUAUAGAUGAGAAUAAUAAUUUUUAUUAUAUUAAAGAGAGCAAACUGUAUGUUUUAAAAUCAAAUAUAUCAAGAUCUAUGUUAAUUGGUAACGUGACUUAUGAUGGCAUAGCACAAAUAUCUUUUUACGAAGAAACUGUUUUUGUCGCAAGCAAACACGUAUCAUAUAUUCAUGAAAACGAUACUGGACCAUUGAAGUUAGUAAAAAAUAUAUCUGAAAUAAUUACUGCCAUAUCUUUUGACCAUUCUGGUAAUUUUGUAUUAGGGAGUUAUGGAAAAAUAUCAAAAUACGAAACACAAGACAACGAAUGUUAUCAGAGAAAAAAU